AUGCUGCUGUUAUCGCCGGAGACGAUGAAUGAGGAGGAUUUAUUGUAUCGUGCUAAGCCGUUCCAAGACACGAUCAGUGAUUCAUUCGGCGAAGAUCUCAUGAGCAGCGAAUGGGGCAUCCCAAACGAUGAAGUCUGGAAGAAAUUUGGCGUUGGGACGGCAUUGAGGUCUCCAUCGCCUUGCCAAGAUGAUGGGUUAGGCGUAGGCGUUUGUGGUCCUGACAAUUUCUGGGAAUUCAAGUCUCCAUUCACACACGCGAGCGUCUACCGCGAUCUUCGUCAUGACUGUUCCCACAAUAACUUCCUGGCACCCCUGUCACCUGUGAGCAACGAGGAUAUGGACUUUAAUGACCUCUCGUGCAUUGGUGAUGAUGAUGCCGACGUUGAUGAGGAUCCCGAGGUGUGUGAGGAUGAGACAGAGCCGGAAUCCGGAUCCCCCGAGGAGAAAAAUGCAUCUCUCAGGGAUCACUGUUACCUCAGCAAUGCCUUCCAAGACGUCCUGCCGACUCCAUCCGAUUCCGAAGAGGAAGACGCUAAGGAGAAGGACUGGGGGAAUAUGAAGAGAUCCUGUAAUUUCCUGAAGACACAGCCGUUGAAUCCGGAGAUCCAGCGGAAACUUCAACUGGCUAUGACAGCCCUUGCCAAGAGGCGAAAUCAGAGCGGGAGGCAUAUAUUACAGGUCCCAUCGAAGAACGGGACGGAGACAUUGGAAGUUAGGAUAGGGAGUGUGGGCGAAAAACGGACUCUAACGAUGAUCACGAGGAGAGAGAAGGUACCCACUACGUCUUUGCUCAAGAAUCCCCGGAGAAGGAAGAACGAGGGGAUGCUCACGACGAGUGCCCUCAGUCCUCCACCACAACCUCUUCCCGCUGCUGACGUGUUACUGGCACUCGGCAACAAUCAUCACCAUCACCAUCACCAAGUUCACCGCACCCCUAUGACCGUUGUGACGUCGAGCAGGAUCCCGAACCCCUUGACCUUGACGUCGUCGUCGAAGAAGCAGCACCAGGAGGUGAGCGGAAACAGUGGUAGCUGCAGUGGAAGCGACUCGGACGACAAGGACAAAGUAGUCCGAAACAGUUCAGAACGAAUGCGGAGGAUUCAGAUGAAGAAUGCUUUUGAGGAGUUGCGUGUUGUGUUGCCGGAAACUGCGAGACUGGAGAAAGCGCCCAAGUUGAGCAUCCUUCGUGCAGCCAUCUCUCAAUGCCGAAAACUCACUGCACAGGAAGCACUUCUUCGUAAGGAGAAACUUCGCCUCGUUGCGCGCAAGAAAGCUUUGGAGAAGAAACUGAAUUCUUUCGCAUCUGCCUGAGUUACCUCAUCUCUUGUGUGUGCGUGUACGGUGUGCGCCGUGUCUUCUCUUUUUUGGUGUCUCCUAUCCUUUGUUCUCACCAUAGAAGCCACUUCCCUUUUUUGUUACAGUUAGAGUCUGUGAUAGUGUGUACGCUUUUGCCUUUCAUAUCGUUGUUUCCUUGGCUUUCUCGAGCUCGGGACGACGAAUGUGGGCGUUCACAUCUCCCGUUAUCGUGGGGCCUCUUAGAAUUUUCUUUGUAUACAUCCUGAGUUUCUGAAAAGUUGGGGGUCAUGUGGUCCUUGGGGACCUGAAGGUACGUUGGUAUUGCACAGCCUACAAGGUCACCAUCCCCUCGGAAGUUUUUUUUUUCUGGGAUUAGCCCUACGUUUCGUUGUUACUCGCAAGCUAGUUGGAGCUUUUCUUCCUUUUUGGAAGAUCUUUACUAUUCAGUGUUAAAUCCGGUCUGUAGUCAUUCAUCAGCAUCUGAAAGGUGCAAAGUUUAGCCAGGAUUGUGGUAGCUUCCUCGUUUUGUUUUCUGAGUGGGGUAUUUUGGGGUUGUGGGAUUGAUCCUCAAGUGAGAUGUAACGGAAAGCAUAAUGGUAGCCUGGAAAUGUGACAAGUCCUCCAUAGUAUCCGAAUCAGUUAGGAGUGUCGUUUAUGUUUCUCAAUGACAACAUCGAGUACUCAUGUGCCUUUCCUUCUCCUUAGCCUUUCUGUCUCGCUCAUCUUUUUUCUAUCUCGAGACUGAAUUUUUUCUUUUGUGAGUUUUCCUCCAACACAGUGCAAAUACAGUAUAUCAGAGGAC